GGAAUGCUGUUAAGUAUGUCCGGUCUUCCUUCAGCAGGCUGAAGACUUUUGCAUUGAAGUGUGAGACAGUUGAGGGUGGCCUUUGAGAAGAUGGAGGCUGAGGACAAGUUGUACUGUGAUUAUUUCUUGGAAGAGGAGGAUAAGAUUAAGAGAGUUAGACCACCAACUUCUAUUGACUGGGAGAAGGUUGCAAGGUUAGUCAAAUUUCUGAAAGUCUUUUACAAGUGUACUUUGAUAUUCUCUGCUUCCAAGACUGUGACUUCAUGUUUGUGUUACUCUGAAAUUGUGGACAUUGAGAGGAGUCUGAUCACUAAGUGUAGCAGUUCUGAUGAGGAGACCAAAAAGCAAGCUAAUAACAUGAGGGAUAAGUUUGACAAGUAUUGGGAUGGUUUGAGUAACAUGAAUCCUCUAGUGAUUGUGGCCAGUGUCUUUGAUCCUCGGAACAAGAUGAAGUUUGCUUCCCUUUGCUUUGACCAGCUAUAUGGUAAGGAUACCAUAGAGAGUAGGAAACUGCAUGCUUCAGUUUCAAGUGUAAUGGAAACACUGUAUGAUCAUUACAGUUUCAAGCCCACCAACUCAGAAAACAAUGAAGAUACUGAAGAUCAGACAGAGCAAACAGACUCUCAGCCGCAGCCUUGCACCUUUGAGCUAUCAGAUGAUGAAGAUGAUUGUGAGGGGAUGCUGUCAAUAUAUGAUAAGGUGGUUGGAUUGAAGAUUAAUGAAGUUAGCUACAAUGAGUUAAAGGUGUAUCUCACAGAAAAACCAGAGCCGAGAGUUGAAAAUACAUUGGGGAUGCCUUAUGAUGUUCUCAGUUGGUGGAGACGUAAUUGCUCUAAGUUCAUUGUCUUGUCAGAAUUUGCUAGAGAUGUUCUAGCAAUUCAAGCUUCAUCAGUUGCUUCAGAGUCUGCUUUUAGUACAACUGGCAGGGUGUUGGAUCCUUAUAGGAGUUCUCUGACUCCUUACAUGGUAGAGGUUUUGCUAUGCACACAACAAUGGUUAAAGUGUACCUAUAAAAAAGAGGAUGCAGUAGCAAACUUGGCCCAAAUGUUACAAGAAUUUGAAUUCUUUGAGUCUCUUGAUGCUCGGAAUUCAGCGGUUGCUAUUACAUGAUUUUUCAUAGUAUGGCAGAUAGGUAGGUGCUGCGCUUUUGUCCUUUUUGAUGCGGAAAAACAGCCUUUUUAAUGUACUAACUGUGAAGCUGCUCUUUUGGUGCGGAUUAGCAUUUUUUGUGAAUCUACAACUGGUAAGCUAACCACUAAAUCAUACUUGAUAUUUGUAUGGUUCUAUAUUGGUUUCUUGAUGUAAUGCUAGCUUAAACUUGAUAAUAUGCUAGCUUAUCAGCUUCAUUAAUAGUUUGUAAUGGUCUAUACUGGUCUGUACUUGUAGCUUUAACUCACAAACACAGCUUUAAGCUACCAGUACAGCUUUAUGUAUGGUUUUGUAA